AUGAGGAGUGUUUUUCUUUCUUUCUGUUCCUCACUCUCGACCAACUGCUUUCUUUCUUUCUUUAUGUUCCUCACUCUCGACCAACUGCUUUCUUUCUUUCUUUAUGUUCCUCACUCUCUACCAACUGCUUUCUUUCUUUCUGUUCCUCACUCUCUACCAACUGCUUUCUUUCUUUCUUUCUGUUCCUCACUCUCUACCAACUGCUUUCUUUCUUUCUGUUCCUCUCUACCAACUGCUUUCUUUCUUUCUUUCUGUUCCUCACUCUCUACCAACUGCUUUCUUUCUUUCUGUUCCUCACUCUCUACCAACUGCUUUCUUUUCUUUCUUUCUGUUUCUGCUUUUUUUCUUUCUUUCUGUUCCUCCUCUCGACCAACUCUUUCUUUCUGUUCCUCCUCUCUACCAACUGCUUUCUUUCUUUCUUUCUUUUCCUUCAUCCUGCCAACUGCUUUCUUUCUUUCUUUCUGUUCCUCACUCUCUACCAACUGCUUUCUUUCUUUCUUUCUGUUCCUCACUCUCUACCAACUGCUUUCUUUCUUUCUGUUUCCUCCUCUCGACCAACUCUUUCUUUCUGUUCCUCCUCUCGACCAACUGCUUUCUUUCUGUUCCUCUUCUCUCCUUUUCUUUCUUUCUGUUCCUCACCUCGACCAACUGCUUUCUUUCUUUCUGCUCCCUCCUCUCAUAUUUCCUUUUCUGCUCUCCUCUCCACCAACUGCUUUCUUUCUUUCUGUUUCCUCACUCCUCUACCAACUUUUCUUUCUUUCUUUAUGUUCCUCCUCUCUACCAACUCUUUCUUUCUUUUUAUGUUCCUCACUCUCCUACCAACUGCUUUCUUUUUUUUAUCCUUCUCCUCCUUCUUUCUUUCAUAUUUCCUCACUCCUCUUUCUUUCUUUCAUGUUCCUCCUCUCGACCAACUGCUUUCUCUUUCUUUUCUGUCCUCACCACCCUCUUUCUUUCUUUCUUUCUUUAUGUUCCUCACUCUCUACCAACUGCUUUCUUUCUUUCUUUAUGUUCCUCACUCUCUACCAACUGCUUUCUUUCUUUCUUUAUGUUCCUCACUCUCUACCAACUGCUUUCUUUCUUUAUGUUCCUCACUCUCUACCAACUGCUUUCUUUCUUUAUGUUCCUCACUCUCUACCAACUGCUUUCUUUCUUUCUGUUUCCUCACUCCUCUUCCAACUUACUUUCUUUCUUUAUGUUCCUCCUCUCUUUUCUUUCUUUCUUUAUGUUCCUCACUCUCUACCAACUUUCUUUCUUUCUUUCCUCACUUCUAUGUUCUCCUUUCUUUCUUUCCCUCACUCUCGACCAACUGCUUUCUUUCUUUCUGUUCCUCCUCUCUACCAACUUUUCUUUCUUUCUCUUCCUCCAAACUGCUUUCUUUCUUCUUUUCCUCCUCUCUACCAACUUUUCUUUCUUUAUGUUCUUUCUUUCAUGUUCCUCACUCUCUACCAACUGCUUUCUUUCUUUAUGUUUCAUUUUCUUUUCUUUUCAUGUUCCUCACUCUCGACCAACUUUUCCUCCUUACUCUUCCAUUCUCUUCUGUUUCUUUUCUCACCCUCUUCGUCUUUAUCCUCUUCAACUUUUCAUUUCCUCCUCUUUUUCAACUCUUUCUUUAUGUUCCUCUCUUUCGACCAACUGCUUUUCUGCUUCCUCUUUUCUUUUUCUUUCUUUCUGUUCCUCACUCUCGACCAACUAACCUGUUCCUCCUUUUUUUCUUUCUUUCUGUUCCACUUUUUUCACUUUUCCUCCUCUCUCUACCAACUGCUUUCAUCAUCUUUAUGUUUCUCUCCUACCAACCCUUUUCUUUAUUUUCCCUCCUCUCUCUCAACUUUUUCCUUCUUUCUGUUCCUCCUCUCCUCCACCUUUCUUUCUUUCCUCUCGACCAACUGCUUUCUUUCUUUAUGUCCUCACUACCAACUUCUUUCUUUCUUUAUGUUUCCUCACUCUCGACCAACUGCUUUCUUUCUUUAUGUUACUUUCUUUCUUUAUUUCCUCCUCUCGACCAACUGCUUUCUUUCUUUAUGUUUCCUCCUCUCUCCUCCAACUGCUUUCUUUCUUUCUUUAUGUUCCCCUCCUCUCGGCCAACUGCUUUCUUUCUUUCUUUAUGUUUCCUUUAUGUUUCUUUCUUUCUGUUCCUCACCAACUUUUCUUUCUUUCUUUCUCUCGACCAACUGCUUUCUUUCUUUCUGUUUCCUCCUCUCGAUGUUCCUCACUCUCCUCCAACUGCUUUCUUUCUUUAUCCCCUUAUGUUUCCUUUAUGUUUCUCCUCUACCAACUUUUCUUUCUUUCUGUUUCUCACUCGACCAACUGCUUUCUUUCUUUCUUUAUGUUUCCUCCUCUCUGGAACUACUUUCUUUCUUUCUUUAUGUUCCUCCUCUUUCGACCAACUGCUUUUCUUUCUUUCUUUCCUGUUCCUUUCUUUCUUUCGACCUCCUCUCUAACUGCUUUCUUUCUUUCUUUAUGUUCCUCACUCUCUACCAACUGCUUUCUUUUCUUUCUGUUCUCACUCUCUACCAACUGCUUUCUUUCUUUUUAUGUUCCUCACUCUCGAAACUUAACUUUCUUUAUGUUCCUCAACUCGACCAACUGCUUUCUCUUUAUUCUGUUUCUUUCUUUCUGUUCCUCAACCAACUGCUUUCUUUCUUUCUGUUCCUUUCUUUUUCUCGACCAACUGCUUUUCUUUCUUUAUUUCAAAUGUUCCUUUUCACUUCUCUCCAACUGCUUUCUUUCCUCCUUUGCUUUUCUUUUGUUCCUCACUCUCUACCAACUUUCUUUCUUUCUUUCUGUUUCCUUUCACUCCUCUCUCACCAACUUUCUUUUCUGUUCCUCCUCUUUUCUUUCUGUUUUAUGUUCCUCACUCUCGACCAACUGCUUUCUUUCUUUAUGUUCCUCACUCUCGACCAACUGCUUUCUUUCUUUCUGUUCCUCACUCUCGACCAACUGCUUUCUUCCUGCUCUCCCCUCUCUACCAACUACUUUCUUUCUGUUCCCCUCUCUCUACCAACUACUUUCUUUCUUUAUGUUCCUCAGGUCUACCAACUCUCUACCUCCUCUCUACCUGCUUUCAUUCUUUUUUUCUGCUCUCUACCAACCUUUCUUUCUUUCUAUCAACUUUUUCCUUCUUCAUAUUCUUUAUCAUUCACUCACUCUCCUUCUUUCUGUCUAUAA